GGUGGGGGAGAGCUUGAAGACCGCUGCUUGAGCCAGAGGCUCUGCAGAAGGCAGGCGGCAGGGUCCGGGUGGUCCUCCGCCAGGGGCAGCCUCCGGGUCACGCUUGCAGAGACAGAGAUCAGAAGUCCCGGAGGGCGGUGGCCGGUGCGCUCUGGACACCCGCGGUCUCUCUUGGGGGCGGAGAACGUGUGUGGCCCUGGCCGGAGCUCGGCCAAGCAAGCGGUGGCUGCGGCCGGCGAGCGCGCGCCCGGCGGUGUUGGGAGUGUGUGUGUGUGUGUGUGUGUGUGUGUGUGUGUGUGUGUGUGUGACAAGCGUCAGGUGACUCGGGUCACGCAGUCACUCCCUCGCGCUCCCGGGGAGAACUGCCGCGCUCCGGCUGGCUCCUCCGGCUGCAGCGGCAGGGAGGGGGCUGGGCUCCGCUGCCACCCCCUUGCUCACCGGGCGCGGCCCCGGGGCGCUGCGGGCCACUCGGCCCACGCGGGACCUCGGAGGCAAGCGUGGGCGUGAUGAGCCAGGUGCUGGGCAAGCCGCAGCCGCAGGGUGAGGACGGCGGCGACGACGAGGAGGAGGAUGAGCUCGUGGGGCUGGCGGGCUACGAGGAUGGGCCCGAGUCCUCGGACGCCGAGCUGGACAGCGGGCCGGAGGAGGGAGUUCUGGACUUCAGCGACCCCUUCAGUACUGAGGUGAAGCCCAGAAUCCUGCUCAUGGGUCUCAGGAGGAGCGGCAAGUCGUCCAUACAGAAAGUUGUCUUUCACAAAAUGUCCCCGAGUGAGACGCUGUUCCUGGAGAGCACCAACAGGAUCUGCCGGGAAGAUGUCUCCAACAGCUCCUUUGUCAACUUCCAGAUCUGGGACUUCCCAGGGCAGAUUGACUUUUUUGAUCCUACAUUUGACUAUGAGAUGAUCUUCCGGGGCACAGGAGCACUGAUCUUUGUCAUCGACUCCCAGGAUGACUAUAUGGAAGCGCUGGCCAGGCUCCAUCUCACAGUGACCAGGGCCUACAAGGUGAACACUGAUAUCAACUUCGAGGUGUUUAUUCAUAAAGUAGAUGGUCUGUCAGAUGAUCACAAAAUUGAAACCCAAAGAGACAUUCACCAGAGGGCAAACGAUGACCUUGCCGAUGCUGGAUUAGAAAAAAUUCACCUGAGCUUUUACCUGACAAGCAUAUAUGAUCAUUCAAUAUUUGAAGCCUUUAGUAAAGUGGUUCAGAAACUGAUCCCACAGCUCCCGACGCUGGAGAAUCUGCUGAACAUCUUUAUCUCAAAUUCUGGAAUUGAGAAAGCAUUUCUGUUUGACGUGGUCAGUAAGAUUUAUAUUGCAACUGACAGCACGCCGGUGGACAUGCAGACGUACGAGCUCUGCUGUGACAUGAUUGAUGUGGUGAUUGACAUCUCUUGCAUUUAUGGUCUCAAAGAAGAUGGAGCAGGCGCCCCGUAUGACAAGGACUCGACAGCCAUUAUAAAGCUGAAUAAUACAACAGUUCUUUAUUUAAAAGAGGUCACAAAGUUCUUGGCACUCGUUUGCUUUGUCAGAGAGGAAAGCUUUGAAAGAAAAGGGCUUAUUGACUACAAUUUCCACUGCUUCCGAAAGGCCAUCCAUGAAGUCUUUGAGGUGAGGAUGAAGAUGGUGAAAUCUCGAAAGGCCCAGAGUCGGCUACCCAAGAAGACAGGAGCCACUCCCAAUGGGACCCCUAGAGUGCUGUUGUAGGGACUGUCAGGAACCUGAGCCGAGACCUUAUUGGUUGAGGUCAUCGAGACCUCAGCGAGGAGGCUGUUGAACUUUCCUGCACUGCAGGAGGGCUGGGACCCCGACUCAUCUGUGUUAAGGAAGAAGAAAACUCACUCUUUUUAAAAUAAAAUAAGCACUUUGAAGCAAAAACCUGUACAAUAACAGUGAGAUCCACUGUACUGUCACUGCGUAAGUGUAAACUUUUAUGUUGAUAGAAAAACCCCUUGUGAGAACUGCCAGGAACUGUACAUAUUUUGCAUUUUUUCAUGUUUUUUUUUUUCUCAUUGAGGUGAACUUUGAUAAGAUGACUUUUCUAAACUCUUUUCUGUACUUGGUGACAAGGACACGCAUACUGUAUAGUCCAUAUGGCAAUCGGAAAUUAAUCCAAUAUAUUGCUAAAGACUUUGUAAAUUUGGGACUCUUUGCUGCCAGUUGUUGAAGGGAAAUCAUGUUUCAGUGGAGCAGCAACAUUUCAGGG